GGGGUAUAAAGGUCCGGAAAGAAAUGCAGAGUCAAAUGAACAAGAGCUAGCAAAGCAGAUCCCAGCUGAGAUUUAGUGCCUGGGUGCAUGCCCAGUGACUAUCCUGUGCCUGCUUUCCAUUCCUACUACAUAUUUUGUGGAACACAACUGAGUACAGCAAAACACAAUGAAUUGGGCAGGAUUAUAUGCCAUCCUGAGUGGCGUAAACCGCCACUCUACUUCAAUUGGACGCAUAUGGCUCUCAGUGGUCUUCAUCUUUCGCAUCAUGGUCCUCGUGGUGGCUGCAGAAAGUGUAUGGGGGGAUGAGAAGUCUGCGUUUACGUGCAACACACAACAGCCUGGUUGCAACAGUGUAUGCUAUGAUCACUUCUUCCCCAUCUCCCAUAUCCGUCUGUGGGCCCUUCAGCUCAUUAUUGUGUCCACCCCUGCCCUUCUUGUGGCCAUGCAUGUGGCUCACCUACAGCACCAAGAGAAGAAGGAACUACGUAUGACCGGCCAUGUGAAGGACCAGGAGCUGGCAGAAGUGAAGAAACACAAAGUCAAGAUCUCCGGCACCUUGUGGUGGACCUACAUCAUUAGUGUUUUCUUCAGAAUCAUAUUUGAGGCAGCAUUUAUGUACCUCUUCUACCUCAUCUACCCCGGUUACUCCAUGAUCCGUCUUGUUAAGUGCGAUGCCUAUCCCUGCCCCAACACUGUUGAUUGUUUUGUUUCUCGUCCCACGGAGAAGACCAUAUUCACAGUCUUUAUGCUCGUUGCCUCUGGAUUCUGCAUCUUUCUGAAUGUUGCUGAGAUAGUCUUCCUCAUUGCCCAGGCCUGCUCCCGCAAAGUCCAUCGCAGACAUUCUGACAGCAUCAGCAAGGAGCAUCAACAGAAUGAAAUGAACUUACUGAUAACGGGAGGUAGUCUCAUGAAACGGUCCCCUGGGGGGCAGGAGAAAGGAGAUCACUGUUCUACUUCCUAGAGGAUAUAACGCUCAUGGCUGCCUGAUAGGACAUGAUGGAGAGGGCAGCCCUGGGAUCAUACAGCUGCAAAAGCAAAGAUGAGAUUUUGGGGUUAGUUACAAGACUUGAACAGGAGCAGAGUAAACAAAACGUGGCAAGAAAAGGAAGGAAAAAAGAAAAAAUUAUUUAAGAUUGCAAUAUUUGCACAAGAAGAGUGACUUUGCCAUUACAGCUGUGUUACUGUUGGCAGGUGCCCGAGACAAAGUGUCUGUUUUGGCACAGUCACUCCCUCGAUUGCCAAGUGUUUGUUAAUGUGCCAGUCUGCACCGGCACCUCUUGUAGUAUUCUUUGUUAAGGGUGGGGUGGGGUGGGAAGGCAUGUAUUAGAGAAGGGUUUCUACUGCCAUAAACUGAUGUUAAUGUUUUAAUAUUUGCAAUUUAUUUUAAAUAAAACUUGAUUUUUAAGGCAA